UUCAGCUCCACAGAGGAGCAGCUGUCCUCCUCUCUCCUCGCCUGUGUGUGGUGGUGGUGCAGCAGGGCUGGGCCUCCUCUCUGUGCCCGCAUCCGACCCUCCCAGCGCGGCCACGUUAGUCUCCUCCCACCGCGAGCAGGCUGAUGAGGAGGAGCAGACUCCGGUCAGUCGGCUGCUGCUACCCCGGCAGUCAUCGAGGAGCGACCGCGCCUGCAGGGACCGACGGGGAGCAGGAGGAGCAGGAGGAGCAGGAUCAACAUCUAAGAGGUGUCCCUGAUGGUCGCAGCAGUUACAGUGACAUGGACAGCAGAAGUAACUCCACACCCUGCAGAGCGAACACAGGAGCCUCUCCUGAACUGCAGAGCAGAAAAUGACUCAGAGAAAUGGAAUCAGAGGGACGAGUGACCGCUGCCUCCGCUCAGAGGCCUCCGCUGACCUCGAGCUGGCCAACGGCAUGGAGAAAGUCCAAGAGGCCAACGACUGUGAAUCUGAGGAGGGGGGGCAGGGAGGUGAAUGCAGAGACUCUGUGGGUGUAACGGGAGCAGUCAGAGCUCCAGAUGGCGGUUGGGGGUGGGUGGUGCUGGCUGCCACCAUCAUGGUCUUGGCUCUGACCCUGGCGUUCCCGUCCUGUGUGGGAAUCUUCUACACCGACCUGCAGAAUGAGUUCCACGCCUCCAACAGCGAGACCUCCUGGGUGCCCUCCAUCAUGACGUCAGUGCUUCAUGCCGGAGGUCCCUUCUGCAGCGUGCUGGUGGAGAGACUCGGUUGCCGGGCGACGGUCAUGUUGGGCGGCGUCCUGAGUGGGCUUGGAAUGGCUGCCAGCUCGUUCACCCAGUCCAUCGUACAGCUCUACAUCACAGCUGGGGUUAUUACAGGACUUGGUUUCUGCUUCAGCUUCCAGCCGGCGGUGACAAUCCUCGGUCACUACUUUGUGCGUCGUCGAGCGUUUGCCAACGCGAUGUCCUCCACAGGCACAGCCCUGGGACUGUGCACUCUGCCUUUCCUGGGUAACUACCUCCACACAGAGCUGGGCUGGAGGGGAAGUUUCCUCGUUCUGGGGGCCAUCCUGCUGAACUGCUGCGUGUGCGGAGCGGUGAUGAGGCCCCUGCAGCCCCCCAAGCAUCGAGGCCAGCCGCUGAUGAAUCAGGGACCCCCUCUGCCUGAGGAGGAAGAUGUGAGGAAGGAAAAAGGCAGAAUGAGAAGGAUAUGGAGCUUUGUGGUGGCGUCCCUGAGCAAACACAUGGCCUUCGAUCAGUUCUGCUACAACUCACGAUACUGUGUGUACGCCAUAGGCAUCACGUGGAUGAUGCUUGGGUUUGUGGUGCCCUUGGUGUACCUGGUGCCGUACGCCACGGCUAACAACAUGGAGCAGAGCCGGGCCGCGCUGCUGCUCUCCAUCCUGGGUAUGGUUAACAUCGUGGUCCGGCCACCGUUCGGCAUCAUCCUCAGCAUGCCGUGGUUCAAAGGGCGACACAUUUACGUGUUUGCCUCUGCUUUGCUGGUCAACGGGCUCAGUAACAGUAUCUGCUGCAUCGGGCCCACCUUCCCCGUGCUGCUGACCUACGUGGCGGUCUACGGGCUGUCCAUGAGCGUGGUGGGUUCCCUGAUGUUCACUGUCCUCAUGGAUAUCGUGGAGAUGAGCCGCUUCCCCUCAGCCCUGGGCCUGCUCGCUAUCAUGGAGAGCAUCACGCUGCUCAUUGGGCCUCCACUGGCAGGGGUCCUGGUGGACAGGACAGGUCAAUACUUCCACGUCUUCUUUGCCUGCAGUGCCGUAGUUGCCUCUGCUGCCGUGUUCCUCAUGGUGUCAUUUUGCUGGCUGGAUAAACGGGACAGGAAGCUGUCGAAGCAGGGUCAGCAAUCUGCACUGCCCGAACCAGCCAAACCCUCUGUUGACUUAGCGUCCGGCUGUCAGUACAGCAGCGUGCCCACAGAGGGAGACAAAGACAAGGCCUCAUCUAACGGGGCAGAGUACAUCACCAGCCUCUGAACCUGCUCUCACCGUGUGCCACUUCUAACACACAUCACACUCUGGCCCAGACAGGUCUGCAGAUUGUUUUCUAAUGUUUGCACCAGCUUUGUUUGGCGCACCAGAUGUUGCAGCCGCUCUGCUGUCUGGGGCGCCAUAAAGUCAGAACAAACACUAUGAAUGAUGUGCACUGUGGCCAAAGUUAGACACUUGAUCCUACAUACCAAAAUGAACAGACGUGCACUUACAACUACAAUGUGAUUGUACUAUUUAUUGCAAAAAGCUGCUGUGAUCACACAAUCUAUCAUAUAUGGUGUAUGUCACUGUAUCAAGCCAAGUUACCCAAGAAAUCACUCCGAAUGCUUUCUACAUGUUUAAAGGAGCUGUGUGUGACAUUCAGAGCGUUAAUAUAGCAGCAGACAGCUACAGUGCAGUGAUGGUACCUGAGCAGAGAGUGAUGCAAACUGUAGAUCUGUUUAGUGUUUCUGCUGCACACUUUACUCUUACAUGUAGGCGGCGCUGUUAUCGCUCACGGCUCUGUGGAGCUCUCGCUGUAUUUCUUCUUCACUGGUGUUGCAGAGAGACGUCUGGACCUCAUUUAUUAUCCAGUGGAAUCAACAUAUCAGAACAAAAACGACAGGCUGCAGGCAGAGACUCUGUUGACAGGACAUUUAAAAAUAGCAGCUUUAUGCAUUGAGUCCCUGUUGAGCAGAAUGCAGCAGCGUGCUGCCGGAGUCGACCACAGCGACCACGUUUUCUCUGAUUAAAUUUAGUGACAUUUUCAGUUAAAUUCAUCCGUAACUUUGUUUAUUGUGUUUUGUCUCUUUUUUGGCAACUGAAUUACAUCAAGUGUGAGAGCAGGGAGGUGGAGACAGAGUUAAUCAAUAACUUUAUUAGCACGAUGUCAGUAUUUCAUUUUGAACCUGACUGAGCCGCACUCGACUUGCCGGCUUUGAGCAGGGUCAGGCUGUAGUUUUAUCUAAUGUACACGGGCUUUAAUCGAGUCGGGUUUGCACCAAACUCCCUCUUUUCUUCACACAGACCUUAUAGUUAUGCAAUAUUCUCAUCAACCCAUUUUAAGUAACGACAAUGUUGAGAUUUAGAUUUAGGUUAGAAGGCACAUGUCAGAGGUCAUUUCACAAAUGUCUCUUCAGGCCCAGACACACCAGAGACUUCAGGCCCGCUGCUGCAUCACCUGAUUCUGCCGCGUCUCGGCCAAAAACAUUGCACAUGAACACACCGCUCAGACUCCAGCACGCAUGCUCUGCACCUGCGUGAAAGCAACAGAUUUCCACUCCAGCAGACGGCGGUUGUCUACGAUCCUCAUUCAGAGAGGGACGCUGGAAGGUGGUCCUGAUGCUAGUUAGCCAGUUAGCACAUUGACAACACAAACAAUGUUGGAAGAACAAAAUAUGUUUACCGUGCGCCAGCGAACAAUUACACAAACCAUCAGGAAACGUUUUACCAUCUUACAUUAACAUCUGACCUGAUGGAACAAGUUUGUGUCCGUCUCUCUGCAAAUCAGAGCGGUUUCAUUCACUGACAGGCUCCGCUGUCGCCGACGCCGAUUCACCAUGUUGAAUCAAAUGUUAAAUUGGCCAAAAAGAACUGCAAGGGGCUGACGAGGGACAGCGGUGUGGGACACACUGCACUGACGGCAGGUACAUACCUGGUGGCAGGUGCUCCCCAACGGCCCAACCGUCGGCUCGGCGUAUCAUGAACUUUACCGCACUGACAAGACUUCAGUUCACUUUAGCAAGUGAUAAAUGCUAUUUUAAAACCUUUAUUUCAGGGUUUCCAAUAUAAACACUCAGUACCUCGUUUUAACAGCACAGGCACAAAUAUCUUCACAGGUAGAAAAACAAAAAACUUUACUGUUAAAAUAAAUCCCAUAUAUACGGCCCCUCAGUUAGACCAUUACACUUCACUACCCUGGAGAUACUUGAGUACAGGGUUUCACAUUCUGACAAAUAUUUGAAUCUUAUUCUUAUAAAUGCUUUGAUAUAUAUAUUCAUGUUUUUUUAACUGUUGAAAUGUGGAUUUAAAUCAGUCAUGGUUCAGGCUUUGAUAGAAACUCUGGUGCUUCAUAUAGAGUUGGGCCGGAUCAUAAAUAUGCUCUGAAUGUCACUUACAGCUCCCUUAAUGUUGAGCACACACACACACACACACACACACACACACACACACACACACACACACACACAGAGUGUGUGUGAGGAGGUACUGUGCAGCCACACAGGACACCAGGUGGAGCUGAUGAUAAAAAACAAGCAAACUGAGCAGUAAAACAAACGGAUGGAAUCAAAGUGACAGUUUUAACGCAGUAGAGUCAGAAGCUGCUUCAGCAGCAUUUAAAGGAUAAGUCUGGUGUUACUGUCAGCAACAGUGUGUUCCAUGGUUGUCACAUAUUUUUCAACAAAUCUUCAGAACUUUUCCAUAAUAUUUGACCUCAUUUCCAUGACUGUAAGUACUUUAACACAGGUUAGCAGUCAUAGUGUGCACUGGUGCUGUAAUGUAGCCUGGACACACUGGUGGAGUCCCUGUGUGUCUGCAGUAGAUACGAAGCAGUAACGUGAUGUGGCCUAGCUGAGGCAGGCAUGGAAUAUGUGCUGCUGCUGCUGCUGGCAGUCUGUCUGCAGCGGCCUUUUGGCUGUCGAGAUGCUUGUUCCCUUCAGCUGGCUGCAGAGCCGCCUCCCCCUCGUUACCAGUGUCAGAGGUUUUGGUGCAGAGCUUCAUCCAGUCUGCUCCAUCUUACGCCAUGUGUUAUAUCUAUCAUUCAGAUGACAUACACUAUUAAACAUGCACCUCCCAAACACUUGCAGAUAAAACACUAGGCCUAGACAUUCCCACCGCCAACUAGCUGCAUACAUGAUUAUCACAUGAUACUAGUGAUGUUUCCAUGGUCACACAGCGCAGCACUGGACUUUAAGUUAAACAAGGAGUGCACUUUGUGUCAUAUAGACAUGUUUUGGGAUUUUAUUAACAUUUUGAACAAUAGCCAAAAACAUGUACAUUCAGAACUAAACAUUCUUUAAAUCAGCGGCUCCCAGCUGGUGGGUCACGGGUCCAUUCUGAAGGUGACUCGCCAACGUGUCAAGUUUGUGAAAAAAACACACUUUAUUUUGAAGUACAGUCAGUCCUCACAUCACUUGCAGAGAUCCAAGGGGAGAGGAGGUAGCAACACAACUCCACCUAAUGGAGGCUGACGGCGCCCCAGAUUCAAACGUCCAAAAACACAUCAUUGAAACCACAAAAUAUCUCCAUACUGCUCGUCCGUAGUGAUCCAAGUGUCCUGAAGCCCCGACAUAAAAAGCUGUUUGGAAAAACCUCAUUUGAACUCUGUUUUUAGCCUCAUUGUAGCCUGUAGCUCUGACUGCCUCUCUGGGCACUGAGCGCUCACGUGUGUGCGCUUGCAUGCGAGACCAGGAAAGCACGUGAACACACAUGAACACGGUGCCCACUUCUCACGGUCUCAUGCAAACACACACGUGAGCGGAGAUAUUUUGUGGUUUCAGUUAUGUGUUUUUGGACGUUUGAAGAUAAUGGCUGGAUUUACAUUUUUGGGUGCACUAUCCCUUUAACUUCACACUUGUUUGCAUGUCAGCAUUGUCCCAUCAGAGGACUGCACAUGGCACUUUCAUCUCAUUGUGUCCAGCCUGAUCAUCAGACUGAACUCCUGUUUCAUUUUUCAGCCUUUACAUUUUUUGUCGGUCCAGUGUGUGUCACCGUGCGCUCCCAAACGUGGACUGAAUAUUUUUAAAUGCACCACUCACAUCAUCUUCCUCCACUGUCUAAAACAAGCCAACAGAACUUGCUAGGUAGCCCCAGCUAAUGCCUGAGAGUUGCUAAGCCCUGCCCACCAUAAAACCAUCGUACUGUUUGCUAACAUUAAAAUGACCUGUGCUGGGUGCCACAUAUCAAACAGCAUUACUGUGCUGGAGUAUUACCAGGUCCAGGCUCACACUGUUUAAUUAACUGGUGUUAAGUGUUUAAUAUCUCCAGACUUAUCCUUUAAACAUCAGCAGCUGAUGGUUUGCUGCAGUCGGCCUGUGAUCAGCCACGGCAGGAUCUUUACAGUAGGAUUAACCCUCUCCUGUGCUGUGAGGACACGUUACACCAUGUUGAUGAUUGAAUCUGUCACUCACUGUCUCGUGUAGAUAAUGAACACAUGAACUGUAUCAGCAGUAAUUAAUCAUGUUUAUUAGCUUCUCCUUCCUCACUGGAACAGUGCCUUCUUACAGAGCCACCACAGGGUGACAUGUGACCCGAUCAGGAGCAGAGCAGGAGAUGACCUCAUGCUGUCGGCAGGUUUGAACAUUUCAUGAAGGAGCUUAAUGACACUGUAACUGAGUUUACCUUCAGUCCCAAUCACAGCUUUGUCUUUUGAUAAAUGAGCAGUGGACCGUUUUGUGUCUGAUGUGACUGAACGCUAGAAACACAUUCAGGUAUAAGCUGUGUGGCUUCUCUGCAGCCAGAGGAUUGAUUAGUACUUUAUAGAGGCUUGUCUUGCUUUGGGCCAAAUUAUACCUUUAUUAUAAAGUCUUUAUUUAUACAUUAUGAUCAGAGGAAAAAUAAAUGUUUGAAUAUCAAACUUG